CCUCUAAAGAAAAAUAUUUUUCACAGAUCAAAACUUGCCAUUUUUCUGUCUCUGUAAAUCCACUCUGUUUCUACUUUCUAGUUUAAAAUAAUCGCACCAUCCCAUGAUCCGAUAUAAUCAGAAAUUAUCGGGAAUCAUGCUCGCGCGCGCACAUAUAUAUAUGGAUAUGUAAGUACAAAGCCUAGGAAAUCAAUCCUGCUCUGGGAUUUCAUGGAGAUGGAGGCGUUACCGCCACUGCCAGUGGACUCUCGUCCCAGGCCUCUGUCUCGCCUCAACUCUUACGUGGCGAAUAGCAGAGUAGGCAAAAAGUUCAAGCUUUCCGAGCGCAACACCACCUUCACCACCGAGCUCCGAGCCGGCACCGCCACCUUCCUUACUAUGGCUUACAUCUUAGCCGUCAACGCCUCCAUCCUGACUGAUUCCGGCGGUACUUGCUCUGUUUCCGACUGCGUCCCUCUCUGUUCUGACCCGACCGUCCCUGUUUCAAACUGCACUGGUUCGUCCCUCCGUGUCAUUCAGCCCGAUAGUUCCUGUAAAUUCGACCCGGUUAAUCCGGGCUACGCCGCCUGCCUCGAGAAGACUCGCAAAGACUUGAUCGUCGCCACCGCCGCUUCCUCCCUCAUUGGCUGCAUCAUAAUGGGUGCUUUCGCUAACCUUCCUUUGGGUCUAGCACCGGGUAUGGGCACCAACGCUUAUUUCGCCUACACCGUUGUUGGCUUUCACGGGUCGGGUAAUAUCUCCUACCAGAGCGCCCUCGCCGCCGUCUUCAUUGAAGGUUUGAUCUUCUUGCUUAUUUCCGCAGUCGGUCUGCGCGCUAGACUGGCUAAACUCGUGCCAAAACCCGUCCGAAUCAGCUCCUCCGCCGGAAUCGGACUCUUCCUCGCAUUCAUCGGAUUCCAGAACAAUCAAGGAAUCGGCUUAAUUGGGUACAGCCCGUCCACCCUUCUCACCCUCGGUGGAUGCCCCGAUUCCUCCCGGGCUUCCCUCGCGCCUGUCAUGACCGCCGCUAACGGCACCAUUAGCUUGCUCCCCGGAGGGACUGUCUCUGGCGAUAUCCUAUGCCUGCGAGAUAGAAUGGAAAGCCCGACAUUAUGGCUCGGCGUGGUGGGCUUCGUUAUCAUCGCUUACUGUCUGGUCAAAAACAUCAAAGGCGCUAUGAUCUACGGCAUCUUGUUCGUCACCGUCGUGUCGUGGUUCCGUAACACCAAAGUGACGGCGUUCCCGAACACCGUCUCCGGCGACUCGGCCCACGAGUAUUUCAAGAAAGUCGUGGACGUACACACUAUAAAGAGCACGGCCGGUGCGUUAAGCUUCAAGGACAUAGGCAAAGGGUAUUUCUGGGAAGCUCUGGUGACCUUCCUCUACGUCGAUAUUCUCGACACGACGGGCACGUUGUAUUCGAUGGCCCGAUUCGCCGGCUUCUCCGACGAUAAAGGGGGCUUCGAGGGUCAGUACUUCGCCUUCAUGUCGGACGCCACGUCGAUCGUGGUGGGGUCCCUUCUGGGCACGUCACCAGUAACAGCGUUCAUAGAGUCAUCAACGGGGAUUCGCGAGGGAGGCAGGACAGGGAUAACGGCCCUGACGGUGGCGGCGUAUUUCUUCAUGGCGCUGUUCUUCACGCCGUUGCUAGCGUCAAUACCGGCGUGGGCGGUGGGACCGCCGUUGAUCCUAGUGGGGGUGCUGAUGAUGAGGUCGGUGGUGGAGAUAGAAUGGGAGGACAUGAAGCAGGCGAUACCGGCGUUCAUGACGUUGAUUCUGAUGCCGCUGACGUAUUCGAUAGCAUAUGGGCUGAUCGGAGGGAUCGGGACGUUCAUAGUGUUGAAUCUUUGGGACUGGGCAGAAGAACUUUUGAGGAAGUUUGGGGUCCUAAAAAGUAAGGCACCAUCUCCUGCUUCUGGGGUCACUGCCACCAAUGGGGUUCAUCAACUUCCUGAUAAUGAUGCAGUCCCAAAGGCACUAGAAGUUUAGGGCAGUGCCCUACGACAACAACAACAUGUACCUUUUCCUUUUUCUUCCUUUCUUUCUCCCUUCUUACUCAUUGUUGGCUCAUACAUAAAUUUCACCCACAUUUCAUUUUUUUUUCCCCUUCCCUUCUUCUUUUUGGGAGUUUAUGUAAGUAUGAAUACUUUUUCUUUUCCCCCCUCCAAGUUGUAGCUGGCAAAGCAUGAUAGAUGUCAGACCCUAAUGAAGUCAAAGUUAUACUUCGUUUUUCACAUAGUUAGAUAA